ACGUAAACAUGAUUUCAUACAUACUUGUGUUGUAUCUAUCUCUCUUUAUCAACAGACAACAAACUCUCUUUAUCUUUCUUCAGCUGCCAAAGUUCUUGAAAUAUUCUAAUGAACGAUUGAAUUAAGCAUCGAAAAAGUUUUUUUUUAGACCUGCCGGUGUGUCAUGACUGACAAUGAUACGAAUACCCUAAACUACUGGUUGAACUGGAGAUUCUUCCUUUGUGGGACAUGGGUUUUGACAGCUAUGGUAGCAGCAGCAGUGCUUAUUUGGAAAUACGAAGGUUUUACUUUGGACAAAAUCCAGAGAAGAGAUGAUGGACUGGAAAGUGCCGGGUGUUUGAACAAGGACGAAGCAUGGAGAACAUGUUCAAAGGCAAUUCAUCCUGCUUGGCUUCUUGCUCUCCGCAUAAUUGCUUUUACUGUGCUCCUGGCAUUGCUAGCUAUCAACAUAAUCACUGGUGGGGCCGACAUAUUCUAUUUUUACACUUUGUGGACAUUUGCACUGGUCACAAUCUAUUUUGGGAUUGGGUCUUCAUUCUCCAUUUAUGGAUGUUUCUAUUGCUGCAAUGGAGUUGAUGAUGAUAGGGCUGAUUUUGCGGGUGUAGACACUGAGCGUGGUUCUUAUGUGGCUCCCUCGUACGAGGGAAAUGCAGAUCUCAGCAACAUGCCCAUAAAUUUUCCCAGUCAGGAAGAAGAAUAUGACCCUCGAAGUGCAGGCUUUUGGGGUUAUGUCUUUCAAGUAGUUUUUCAGACUUCUGCAGGUGCUGUAAUGCUUACUGACAGCGUCUUUUGGUUUGUCAUCUAUCCCUUUUUAACUCCCGCAGAUCAUAAAUUACAUUUUCUUGAGGUUUGCAUGCAUUCUCUAAAUGCUGUGUUCCUGCUUGCAGAUAUCUGCUUGAAUCACUUGAGGUUCCCUUUCUUCAGAAUUGCUUAUUUUGUCCAGUUCACUUGUAUAUUUGUUGUUGUCCAGUGGACUAUACAUGCUUGUGCUUCGAUGUGGUGGCCAUAUCCAUUUCUUGACUUGUCAUCUCCGUAUGCUCCACUAUGGUACUUGGGCAUUGGUUUGGUUCAUCUUCCAUGCUACGGCAUCGUCCUCUUGAUAAUUCGGACCAAGAAGGCCUGUUUGUCGAGAUUUCCUAGUUGAAGCUGGGAAGUGUAGGCUCAACACCACCUCAGAGUUGAGCACUAACAAGCUUAUCUCCCCCAACUCUUCCGCAUUCAUCACAUCCUUUUCUUGUAAAUCAUUAUUUGUUGUAUAUGUGAAAAUUUAUUUCUUACAAUCUUCACAUUGCAACACAUAAACUACAUUUAUUUAUUUUUCUUCCUUGUAAUAUAUGGGGUUCAAACUUUAAAGUACAGUGAAGAAUGAACAAAGUAUAGUGGUGAUCAACUUGUUGCUAUUUUUGCAAAGUAUCCGAUGUAUAAAUUGUAUGACCUUUUCUUUUA